UUGAAGGAGGCGUAAAGAGUGGAGGACAGAGCGCGCGAAAGCAUGGCCGCGAAUGGGAGGAAAACUUGGAACGGAAGAGGACAAUCUCAGCAAAGCGGAACAGUGAGGAGAGGUGUACAGCAGAGCUGCGCUUUGGCCACUGAUUAUGUCAGGCAUGAGCAAAGCCGUUUGGCCAGAUCUUCCCUUCCGAUCGACUUGUUUAAUCGGCGACAUGCCGACAUCUCGGAGUAAAAUGGCGGGCCGCUGCCGUUCCAUCCGACAGUGGCAUCGGCGCCGGCCAUGGAGGCGGACGAGCUGCUGAAGAAGCUACGGGUGCUGGAGGAGGGGCACGCCGAGCUCAAGCGGGAGGUAGGCAGGCUCAUGCCGACGCCGGACCGCCCCCGCGGCGCGCAGUCCGCGGCCCGGCGCCGCGCUUUCCGCGCGCGGCUCUCGUCGUCGUGGCAGGUCGCCGCCCGCGGCAGGUUGCCCGACAGGCACUGCCACUGGAUACUGCAGUCGCUGGGGCAGGCCGUGCACGUCAUUGCCCCCGACGGCAAGUUCCUGUACUGGAGCCGGUAUUCUGAGCAUAUGUUUGGCUAUUCUGCAUCAGAAGCAAUUGGCCGGAAUGCUGUUGAAUUAAUCGUUCAUCCCACUGACUAUGAUGCAGCACAAAUUGUCAUCCAGAAAAUAUUUAGGGGGAAGUGUUGGAGAGGGAAGUUUCCUGUUAAGAACAAGUCAGGAGAGAGGUUUCUUAUUUUAAUCCAUAACAGCCCUUUAUACGAUGAUGAUGGUAGCUUGGUGGGCCUCAUUGGUCUCUCGCUUGAUGUACGGACAUUAGAGGAGAUAUUUAGUCCCUCAGGCUCAGCGGAAUCCUACCCAAGUACCAGAAAGUCCCAGUUUCAUGCUAACAACCGGCCUAAAAGUGAUUCACUAAACAAAGGUUCUCUUCACUCACAGCAACCUGUUCGAUCUACUACCACCUCCAAGAUAGUAACUUGGGUUACCAGUGUGACAAGUAGAGUUCGUUCUCGGAUAAGGACAUGUCAGAAUGACGAUAAACAGUAUGGUAGUGACUGUGAGGGCCAGUAUUCUGCACUUGAUCUCCAAGCCGAGUUGGCAAUAAGUGAAGAAAAAACCCCUAGUGGGGAUGUAAUGCAUCGUGUCUUUGUUGACAAGUCAUGCAAAACAAGUAGUGAUGAUUCAGGAGAGGGAAAAGUAGGGUUUCACAAGAUAUUUAAUGCAAAGGCUGAGGCAUUAUUGGCGAAGAAGGGCAUAUUGCCUUGGAAAGGACAUGAAAUUGAUGGGGGUUCUGGAAAGAAUAACAUGAACUCAAUACAGUUGCAUGAUAAGCAAGAGAAUGACCAGAAUCAUCAGAGAGUUGCAGUUCUAGAGCCUUUCAUAAUCCCAGCCUGCCAAAACAGCGAAUACACUUGGGCUAGCAAAUAUGAGGUCUCAGGUUCCUGGUGGGAUUUCAACAUAAACAGCGUGAGUAGCAUGAGAAGCACUGGGAGUACUAACAGCAGCGGUAUUGAGACAGUAGAUUAUGAAGCAGACUGCUUAGAUUAUGAGAUUCUCUGGGAAGACCUAGUAAUUGGAGAACAAGUAGGUCAAGGUUGUUGCGGAACAGUGUAUCAUGCUCUGUGGCAUGGCUCGGACGUGGCAGCUAAAGUAUUCUCCAAGCAGGAAUAUUCAGAAGAAAUGAUAAAUACCUUCAGACAAGAGGUAUCAUUGAUGAAGAAACUACGACAUCCCAAUAUAAUACUUUUCAUGGGUGCAGUUCUGUCGCAGCAACGACUUUGUAUUGUUACUGAAUUUCUCCCACGCGGGAGUUUGUUCCGGUUGCUCCGAACUAACAUUGGCAAGAUGGAUCCAAGACGGAGAGUUAACAUGGCUAUAGACAUUGCAAGGGGCAUGAACUAUCUUCACAAUUCCAUUCCCACUGUUGUGCACCGUGAUUUGAAAUCGCCAAACCUGCUGGUUGAUAAGAAUUGGACUGUAAAGGUUGCAGACUUUGGUCUUUCACGUCUGAAACUGGAAACAUUUCUGACAACAAAAACUGGAAAAGGAACACCACAGUGGAUGGCUCCAGAGGUGCUACGGAGUGAACCUUCAAAUGAAAAGUCUGAUGUAUUCAGUUAUGGAGUAGUCCUGUGGGAGCUUAUUACUCAGAAGAUUCCCUGGGAUACUCACAAUACAAUGCAGGUCAUCGGAGCCGUAGGUUUCAUGGAUCACAGACUGGAAAUUCCAAGGGAUGUGGAUCUUCAGUGGGCAUCGAUGAUCCAGAGUUGUUGGGACAGUGACCCACAACGCCGCCCUUCGUUCCAAGAACUCCUUGAGAGGCUCUGGGAGCUGCAAAAGCAGUACAACGUUCAGGCGCAGACACAGCGGAAAGAAGCUGCGAAAGUUGCUGGAAGUAUGAGCAUCAAAGAUAGCUAGCUUCAUGUCUUUAAAGUGAUGGAUUAUGGAUGCAGCCCUGGGGUUGAUUUAUCCGCUCGAGCUCAGCAGGGUCCCAGGAUGUUUUCCAUGUUGCUUCCAAGAGGGACGGCCAGGGAGUUGGUGCAUGGCUUCUUAAAUUGCAACCUUGAAGCUUUGGAACAGGGUUUGUCUUACGGAAGGAGGGUAGAGGACGCUGGCGACAUGACAUAGACUUCUCGUCGUUUCAGGGCUAGCCCGAAUUUUCAGAACCUGGGAUAGGUGUUCAGAUAUGAUUGGCCCAACAGCUCAAUCAUUAUACAUGUGGAAUGUGUGUUACCGUAUUUUAUUGAUGCAUGGUUUAAAUUUUAAGCAAAAUUUGUAUUUUCCAAA